ACGCUGCCCCACAACCCUCCGGCACGGCCCCUCCGGACCAUUCCCAACUGAACCUCGGGGUGAUCAGACCCUGCCACAACUCCCCCAACACCCCCCUGUUCUCCUCCAGCCCCUGGAAGAACCCCGAGGAGGGAGGACUGAAACAAGGCAGCCUCAUGAGUCUCCAUUCACCCCACACCGUGCCAACCUCGCACCCCUGAGCGCGCAGCCACUGCCCUGGGGUCCACAGCGAUAUGACAUGGGGACAGCACGGUGCAGAUCAUCCUAGCAGACACAGCAGCCCUACAUGCCCAUGCCUCCUUCCAAGACCUCUGAGCCCCAGCCUCCAGCAUGUCCCAGCUCUCCUCCACACUGAAACGGUACGUUGACUCGUCCCGCUAUGCUGAGAACACCUACAGCAAGAUGCCCAGUGGCUACAGCUCCUACACCUCCUACGGCUCCACUUAUGCCUAUGCAGACAGAGACAAAAUCGGCUUCAAAUCCAGCUACCUGCCCUCCCCUCGGUACCACCACAGCAGACUGUCCCCAACCAGCUGCUAUGACAGCGGCCGCCUGCCCCUCUACCCCGACUCCAGCAUCCGCCUGAGCCCCACUUAUAUCCGCACACAGCCGGGCAGGGGGCUGAGCGGGGGCUCAUGCUACACCUUCACUGGGACCCCCGGCAGCCCCUCUGGCUACGUGUCCAACUCCACACUUCUCAGCCGUCGCAGAGCCAUAAGCCAGUCGGACCUGGCCCAGGAGUUUGCAGGGCUGCACACUUCAGAUAGCGCCUACCCAUCCAGCCCCAGUUCCUCCUUGUACCAGGCUGCCAUGCGCUCCGACUACGUCCAUGACUACCUGGAGAAGAACAGCCACUGCAGCCUGACCUCCAGCCCCUCCGACAGCCAGCUCUGUGAAAGGGAUGAUGCUUAUGGCUCCGACCUCACGAGCUCCAAGGCGGUGCAGGGACUGACUGGGCUGCGGAACCUCGGCAAUACGUGCUUCAUGAACUCCAUCCUGCAGUGCCUGAGCAACACCAAGGAGCUGCGGGAUUACUGCCUGCAGAACCAGUACCUGCGGGACCUCAACAACAACAGCCGCAUGCGCACCGCGCUCAUGUCAGAGUUUGCAAAGCUGAUCCAGCUGCUCUGGACCUCAUCCCCCAAUGACAGCGUGAGCCCUUCCGAGUUCAAGACGCAGAUCCAGAGAUACGCCCCACGUUUUGUUGGAUACAACCAGCAGGAUGCACAAGAGUUCCUGCGCUUCCUCCUGGAUGGGCUGCACAGUGAGGUGAACCGUGUGCUGGUGCGGCCACGAGCCAGUGCUGACACCCUGGACCACCUCCCUGAUGAUGAGAAGAGCCGCCAGAUGUGGCGGAGGUACCAGGAGCGGGAGGACAGCCGUGUUACUGAUCUCUUUGUUGGGCAGCUGAAGAGUUCGCUGACCUGCAGCGAAUGCGGCUACUGCUCCACAGCCUUUGAUCCCUUCUGGGACCUCUCCCUGCCCAUCCCCAAGAAAGGCUACGGGGAAGUCACCCUGAUGGACUGCCUGCGGCUCUUCACCAAAGAAGACGUUCUGGAUGGGGAUGAGAAACCGACGUGUUGUCGCUGUAAAGCCAGGACGCGGUGCACGAAGAAAUUCAGCAUCCAGAAGUUCCCCAAGAUCCUGGUGCUCCACCUGAAACGCUUCUCAGAAUCCAGGAUACGAGCCAGCAAACUCACCACCUUUGUCAACUUCCCACUGAAGGACCUGGACCUGAGGGAGUUCGCCUCGCAGAGCUGCAACCACGCUGUUUACAACCUCUAUGCCAUCUCCAACCACUCGGGCACCACCAUGGGGGGACACUACACUGCCUACUGCAAGAGCCCCAUCUCCAGCGAGUGGCACAGCUUCAAUGAUUCCCGCGUCACCCCGAUGUCCUCCAGCCACGUGCGCAGCAGUGAUGCUUACCUGCUCUUCUACGAGCUGGCCAGCCCAUCCUCACGCAUGUAGCCAGUCCUUGGGCACCCCUUGGAGCUUCCUAGCUGGAUUUGGGCACCCCAAGAACAGCAGAAAGCCCCAUAAUGAGGGCAGAACCCAGGCAGCCCCGGUGCCUCUGGGCCGCUGGCAUUUGCUUUUUACCCUGGGGUAGGUUUUUCUUCAUUCUUUCUGGUGUGUAAUAAAAAUACUGAGCAAGGGGCCUGGGGCUGCCUGCCCCCACCAGGACCUCGGGGACACCCAAAAUUGGGUCCCUUCUGGCAUCUCCAUAUCACUCUGCCAUCCCUGAGGAUCCACGAGCCUCCUCCCAGCUCUUCCAAACCUCCUGGUGAGGAUUGCAGCUCUUUGGUUGCCUCCAUCCCACCUCCAUCUGCUUUCCAAUCAGCCCCGGACUCACAGCCAAGAGGGAGGACAAUGCUUCAUGGAUUUUCUUUCUAUUUAUCAUGGACUUCUCUCAGCCUGGACCAUCCCUCCUGGCUGCCCAGGGACUCACGCCAGGGGGGGGCUGACCCACCUCCUUAUACGACGGUGCCUUAAACCAUUUCGGGGCACGGGAGGCCCUUGGGGUGCACAGGGAUGUCCGUCCUAUGGGGGGUGGGGGGGUGGGCAGCACCUUUCCAGUACUGGGGCUUUCCUCCCCUGUUCACCAGGAGCCCCAUGGGGUGCCCAGAGAUGCUCCCCUCACCCAGCCCCACUGCUCCAUCCUCUAGCUAGCAAACGCCAGUGGCCUUUUUAGCCUUUUCUCUAAUUUAUUCUCCUCCCCAUCCCGCCCUGCCCGAGGUGCAAUGGGGGUUGGGGGUGGGGGGGGGAUAUGCAACUGACCCAGGACAACCCCAGCCCCAGUCCAACCCAGCACCCAUCCUGCUUUGGGCAUGGGCUGAGCCCCCCUGCCCCGAGCACAUCCCCCAGGGGCAUCCCGGCAGGGUUGGGUGGUAGAGGUGGGUCCCGGGCUGGGGUAGUGCUGCAGCUCGGCAGGUGGCUUGUUUACUGUGUAAGCAAGAUGGGCAGGAUGUGUCUCGUACAAGGGAGACUCGUGUAGGAAUAAAUUUUAGCUGGAACAGA